UUGAUGAAAUAUGGAAUGUUAUUUUAACCUGGGAUAAAAGUUGUAAUUGGAAAAUUGCAUACUUGGAUCAAGAGAGGUUAAAAAUUCGUAAAGAAUUUGAAGAAGCUGAUAACCUAAUUCCCCAAAUUGCUACAGCCGCUUAUUCUGGUUCACAUCCAGAAGCUGUAUGGACGAGUCGUCUUUUAUACUUUCCAGAACUUGCAGACAAAUUAUCGAAUCUAACGCUUUAA